AUGGCAACAUCGCAAGUCUUCCCUUUCUCCGUCGGAGACGCUUCAAACGACCGCGUGAAGCUCGUCCCUCUGAACCCAGACAAGCACUGCGACACGUUUUACCGCCUAUCCUCUCCACACCCGGAGAUAUACUCGUACAUGCCUCUCUUGCCCCCAGCAUCAGCAGCAGAAUUCAAGUCCUGGUUCCACAACGACUCCACAACCCAUAUCCUUUCAUUCGCAAACCCAGAGACAUUCUCCUUUGCAAUCAUAGACAAGACACGACCAGCGUCACCCGAAGACCCCGAAGGCGAAUUAGCAGGCACUAUGAGCUUCAUCCGCACCUCAGCGAUGCAUCUGAAUACGGAGAUUGGGUUUAUUGUCAUUCUCCCGCCGUACCAGCGAACCCACGUCGCGACCAAUGCCGUCGGACUUUCUCUGCAGCUUGCACUUGAGGCCCCGGAGAAGGGGGGUCUCGGACUGCGCAGUGUACACUGGUCGGCUAAUACGUUGAAUCUUGCUAGUGCCAGGCUUGCGGAGAGGAUGGGAUUCGAGAGAAUUGGGGUUAUACCGUGGCAUAUGCGCCUCGUGAAGGGUAAAACAAAUGGGAAAGUAGGGAAUGGUCGGGUGUUGCCGGCUGGAGGUGAUCCUGAGGAUUUAUGGAGAGAUACUCUGCAAUUGUGUCUUGGGUGGGAUCAGUGGGAGGAUGGAGUAAGGGAGAAGGUGACGAAGCUUAUGGAGAGGUGA